AUGCCGCUGCAGGAUGACACCCUCCGAGAGGUGUGGGCCUCAGACAGUGGGCAUGAGGAGGAAGGCCGGAGCCCGGAGGUCCACAGGCCCCCCAAGCAGCGACCCGCCCUGAGACAGAAGCCGAGGAAGAAGAGGACAGAGGCCCCAGAGUCCCCCUGCCCCAUGGGAUCCAAGCUCCGGAGACCUGGAGCUGGGUGGAGGGGGAGGCCACGUGAGGAGCCCACCCCUGACCCAGCCGAGGCCCGGGUGCCUAACACCCUCUACACCAAGUUCCUCAGGGACCCUGAAGCCAAGAAGCGCGACCCCCGGGAAACAUUCCUAGUAUCCCGUGCUCCUGACGGGAAGGAUGAGGAUGACGAUGAGGAAGAGGACAAUGAGGAUGACGAGGAAGAGGAGGACAAGAAAAAGAAAGAGAAAAUCCCUUUGCCUCCCAAGAAGCCCCCUAAAGGCAAAACUUCUGCAGACACCAAGGAGAGGAGGGCCAAAGCCCAGGGUCCAACGGGGAACCUGGGAAGUCCUGUCCCCCGACAAAAACCUCUUCGAAUUAAGAAGGAGGCCCCAGCAGGGGAAGGGACCAAGAUGAGAAAGACAAAGAAGAAAGGGCCUGGUGAGGCUGAAAAAGACCCCUCGGUGAGCCCACCCAGAAUGAGGAAGAAGACCCCAGCAGCCAUGUUUCUGGUUGGGGAAGGUGUCCCAGCCGAGAAGGCUUGGAAGAAGAAAGGUACUUCCAAAGGCCCAGAAGAGGAGAGGAAAGAGGAAGAAGAUGAGGAGGAGGAGGAGACAACUGUGGUGACCAAGAACAGCAAUCAGAAGGGCAAAGCAAAAGGAAAAGGCAAAAAGCAGGCCAAGGAAGAGAGGGCCCCGUCCCCGCCAGUGGAGGUGGGUGAACCUGGAGAGUUCGUGCUGCGGCCUGCCCCCCAAGGCCGGACGGUGCGCUGCCGGCUGACCCGGGACAAGAAGGGCAUGGAUCGGGGCCUGUAUCCCUCCUAUUUUCUGCACCUGGACACCGAGAAGAAGGUGUUCCUCUUGGCUGGUAGGAAACGCAAACGGAGCAAAACAGCCAAUUACCUCAUUUCCAGUGACCCUACCAAUCUGUCCCGAGGAGGGGAGAAUUUCAUUGGGAAGCUGAGGUCUAAUCUCCUGGGCAAUCGCUUCACCGUCUUUGACAACGGGCAGAACCCACACCGUGGAGGAGGAAGCACUGACGUGGGGAGGCUGCGUCAGGAGCUGGCAGCCGUGAUCUAUGAAACCAAUGUGCUGGGCUUCCGCGGACCCCGGCGCAUGACCAUCAUCAUCCCGGGCAUGAGUUCAGACAACGAGAGGGUCCCCAUCCGGCCCCGAAACUCCAGCGAUGGGCUGCUGGUGCGCUGGCAGAACAAGACACUGGAGAGCCUCAUAGAGCUGCACAACAAACCGCCUGUCUGGAAUGAGGAUAGUGGCUCCUACACCCUCAACUUCCAAGGCCGAGUCACCCAGGCCUCGGUCAAGAACUUCCAGAUUGUUCACGCUGAUGACCCUGACUACAUAGUGCUGCAGUUCGGCCGCGUGGCUGAGGAUGCCUUCACCCUGGACUACCGGUAUCCGCUGUGCGCCCUGCAGGCCUUCGCCAUCGCCCUCUCCAGCUUCGAUGGGAAGCUGGCCUGCGAGUGA